GACAUUCACAAACCCUAACCCUUGCCUCAACAAAAAAUGAAUCAAAAUGAAACCCAACAAACUUAAACAAAGACAAAUAAUUUUGUUUCCGCUGGCUUCAUCAUCCCGCAAAUACGAAGAAAAGGGAAAAGAAGUUAUGCAGAAUAUAUAGUUGGAGUACUACUAGGUACUAGUAAUAUUUUUCAUUGAGUUUAAGUUAUGUAUACAAUUAAAUGUAAUACUCAUCUUCAUUCUCUCUUAUAUUGAGCCCUUGCCGUCGUCUGAUCGAGAACAACAAAAAAUGACAGCCAACAGUCUGCUUAAUAUAUAGUAGUACGACUACUUCCUUUUGUCAAUUUCCAAAGUGAUUAAAACAACUUAUUAAGGAACAAGAAAUAGCUGUUACAUGCACAUAUAUAUGGCGUUUUAACCAAAGAGCACAAAUGACAAAGAUGAUAGUCCAAUUUGAUUACAACAGACAAUAUCUGACGACUUUCUCAACAUUUUGCAUAGGAUAUAUAGCAAAGAAGAGUUAUUGUUGAGUUAUCACUCACCAUUUCUUGUUUCAUUAAAUUAGGAAGGAAGAGAAUGAACAUUUCCUCUGUUUUAAGUCUCUUUCUGAUUUUGUGCUACCUAAGUGCCCAACAAUGUUACGCCGGGGAAAUAGAUGUUCUACACAAAUUUCUCAAGGCUCGACGGGCAAAACCAACAAAUACUAUUAGCCAAGGCGUAGUAGUUGCUGAGAAACAGAGAUCAGUGUCUGAAUUCAUAGUGCCACAGGUAGGAUCAAAGGAAAAUGACAAGAUCUCAGCAUUGCCAGGGCAACCAAGUGGGAUCAAUUUUGCUCAAUAUUCAGGAUAUGUGACUGUUAAUGCUGAUGCUGGUAGAGCCCUCUUCUAUUACUUGGCGGAAUCAUCUAAUGAUCCUGCUACAAAGCCUCUUGUUCUGUGGCUAAAUGGAGGACCUGGUUGCUCUUCAUUCGGGAAUGGAGGGAUGGUGGAACUUGGACCAUUUCGCGUCAAUAAAGAUGGGAAAACCUUGUGGCUCAAUCAAUUUGCCUGGAAUAAUGUGGCAAAUGUCCUGUUUUUGGAAUCACCAGCUGGUGUUGGAUUCUCUUAUUCUAAUACAUCAUCAGAUUAUACUACUGGAGACGAGAAAACUAGACAAGACAGUUUCACCUUUUUCGUCAAUUGGAUGGAAAGAUACCCAGAAUAUAAACACCGUGAUUUCUACAUUGUUGGGGAGAGUUAUGCCGGUCACUACGUACCUCAACUUGCUCAGCUAAUCUUAUCUCACAAGAAAACAGAACCCAACCUUGUCAUUAACUUACAAGGAAUUGCAACUGGAAAUGCCCUCCUUGACGAUGAAACAUGGAAUAGUGGUUCAUACGACUUUUAUUGGACGCACGCACUAAUAUCAGAUGAAGUCCAUGAAGGAAUUGUCAAGAAUUGCAACUUCUCGACAGAAACAUCGACCUCAGAAGCUUGUGACAAGUACACAAGCGAAGCCGAUUCAUGUCAAGCUAAUAUAUAUGAUUAUAACACAUACUCUCAACUCUGCAACUCCUCUGCCUAUACUUCCCUUCCUAUAGAUGGAUUUAAUCCAUGCUCACCUGAUUACGUAGAGAAUUACCUAAACACAGAUGAAGUACAGAAGGCACUUAAUGUCAGAGAUAUACCCCAUUCCUGGGAAUCUUGCAGUGGUUACAUACACGGCUUUUGGCAAGACUCCCCAGAUACUGUUCUGCCAAUCUACAAAGAGCUCAUGCAAAGUGGUAUUCGGGUUUGGAUAUAUAGCGGAGACAUAGAUCAUAUUUUGCCUGUAACAACAAGUAGAUAUGGUAUCGACAAAAUCAAAACACCAAUCAAAACGGCAUGGUACCCGUGGUUCUUCCAAGGGGAGGUUGGUGGUUACGCAGUAGAGUACCAGAACUUGACAUUCGUGACAGUGCGUGGAGCAGGUCAUUUCGUGCCAAGCUAUCAACCUGGCCGUGCAUUAACCAUGUUCUCAUCCUUCAUCAACGGGACACUCCCUCCUGGUUUCGAUUGCAUGAGAGGGCUUUUAACUUUUAUCGAGUCUUUUAAAAAUUUGUUGAACCCACAACCUGAAGAUGAAUUUGAAAUCCCUCGACCAUUGAGCCAACUUUCUUGUUCCAUUGAAUUGGGAAGGAAGAGAAUGAACAUUUCCUCGGUUUUACCUCUAUCUCUAAUUUUGUGCUACUUAAGUGCCCAACAAUGUUACGCAGGGGAAGCAGAUGUUCUACGUGAAUUUCUCAAGGCUUGGCGAACAAAAACAAGAAAUGUUAUGAGUCAAGGCCUAGCUGUUGCUGAUAAACAGAGAUCAGUGUCAAAAUUCAUAGUGCCACAGGUAGGAUCAAAGAAAAAUGACAAGAUCUCGGCAUUGCCAGGGCAACCAAAAGGGAUCAAUUUUGCACAAUAUUCAGGAUAUGUAACUGUUGAUGCUAAUGCUGGUAGAGCUUUGUUCUAUUACUUUGCAGAAUCAUCUAAUGACCCUUCUACCAAGCCUCUUGUUUUGUGGCUAAAUGGAGGACCUGGUUGCUCUUCAUUCGGGAAUGGAGGGAUGGCGGAACUUGGACCAUUCCGCGUCAAUGAAGACGGAAAAACAUUGUGGCUCAACCCAUUUGCCUGGAACAAAGUGGCAAAUGUCCUGUUUUUAGAAUCACCAGCUGGUGUUGGAUUCUCUUAUUCUAAUACAUCAUCAGAUUAUACCACUGGUGACGAAAAAACUAGACAAGACAGUUUCACCUUUCUCCUCAAUUGGAUGGAAAGAUUCCCAGAAUAUAAAAAACGCGAUUUUUUCAUUGUUGGGGAGAGUUAUGCUGGUCACUAUGUACCUCAACUUGCUCAGUUAAUCUUAUCUCAGAAGAAAACAAAACACAACCUUGUCAUCAACUUGCAAGGAAUAGCUACUGGAAAUGCCCUCCUUGACGAUGAAACAUGGAAUAGUGGUUCAUACGACUUUUAUUGGACGCACGCACUAAUAUCAGAUGAAGUCCAUGAAGGAAUUGUCAAGAAUUGCAACUUCUCGACAGAAACGUCUACGUCAGAAGCUUGUGACAAGUACACAAGUGAAGCAGAUUCAUGUCAAGCCAAUAUAUAUAGUUAUAACACAUAUUCCCAACUCUGCAACUCCUCUUCCUAUACUUCCCUUCCUAUAGAUGGAUUUGAUCCAUGCUCAGAUGAUUACGUAGAGAAUUACCUCAACACUGCUGAAGUGCAAAAGGCACUUAAUGUCAGAGAUAUACCCCAUUCCUGGGAGUCUUGCAGUGAUGACAUAGGCGGCUAUUGGCAAGACUCCCCGAAUACUGUUCUACCAAUCUUCCAAGAACUCAUGCAUAGUGGCAUCAGAGUUUGGAUUUAUAGUGGAGACGUAGAUCAUAUUUUGUCAGUAACGACAAGUAGAUAUGCUAUCAACAAAAUCAAAACACCAGUCAAAACGGCAUGGUACCCGUGGUUCUUCAAUGGAGAGGUUGGUGGUUACGCAGUAGAAUACCAGAACUUAACAUUUGUGACGGUCAGAGGAGCAGGACAUCUCGUGCCAAGCUAUCAACCUGGCCGUGCAUUGACCAUGUUCUCGUCCUUCAUCAAUGGCACACUCCCUCCUGGUUUCCAUUAAACAGAAGAUACAUUCUUCCUUCUCCGCAGCAAAACAAAUAUCAUGGAUCGACUGAUGCAACAAUAUCUAGCGAAGCUUAACAAUGACUUAUAGUCUACUCAUUCUUCUUGAGUUUUUUCUUCUUGGUAUUUUCUUCCGCUAUUCUCUGGGUUAUAUCGCAACUUAUAUAGA